UUACAGGUGGUCCUUUUCUCUUGCAGCAGAGCUACUGCCAUGGCAACCCAAGUCCUGGGACAGUCUGGUGGGAGCAGCCUCUUUCCAGGCAGUGCUAAUAUUGGUAUGGCAUUGUCCAAUGACAUGUAUGACUUACACGACCUUUCUAAAGCUGAGCUGGCAGCUCCUCAGCUUAUUAUGUUGGCCAAUGUGGCCCUGACAGGAGAAGUCAAUGGCAACUGUUGCGAUUACCUGGUUGGAGAAGAGAGGCAAAUGGCAGAACUGACGACGGUGGGGGACAGCAACUUCUCAGACAGCGAUGGAGAGGGGGUGGAGGAAGCCCAGGCUGCAGAGAGUGACCGCGAGGCGCCUGAAAAUGUGGAAUUAAGCUCUCUUGAAGUUCCUAGUGUGGAAACCCAAGAUGCAGCUGCUUGCCCCCCUCCUAAGACUCCCAGUGUGGACAAAGAUGCCUCUUUGGAAGCACCGGGUACUCCAGAGAGCACGGAGGACAAGUGUAAGAGCUUGAAGAGCAAACCAUUUCGAUGUAAGCCUUGCCAGUACGAGGCAGAGUCUGAAAAGGAGUUUGUGCAUCAUAUCAAGGUUCACAGUGCUAAGAAGUUCUUUGUGGAAGAAAAUGCGGAAAAGCAAGCCCAGGUGAAGGAUUCUGAUUCUUGCAGUGCAGAAGAGGUGGAUUUCUCUAAGGGCCCAAUCCGUUGUGAUCGUUGUGGCUAUAACACUAACAGAUACGAUCACUAUCUGGCUCACUUGAAGCACCACAACAAAGCAGGGGAAAAUGAGAGAGUCUACAAGUGUACCAUAUGCACUUACACCACCGUCAGUGAAUAUCACUGGAAGAAACACCUAAGAAAUCACUUUCCCAGGAAAGUGUAUACCUGCUCUCAAUGCUCCUAUUUUUCAGACAGGAAGAACAAUUAUAUUCAACAUAUUCGAACUCACACAGGAGAGCGACCCUAUCAGUGUGCUAUGUGUCCUUAUUCCAGCUCUCAGAAGACCCAUCUAACCCGGCACAUGCGCACCCACUCAGGUGAGAAGCCGUUCAAAUGUGAUCAGUGCAGCUAUGUGGCCUCAAACCAGCAUGAAGUAACUCGUCACGCAAGGCAGGUUCACAAUGGGCCCAAGCCUCUGACUUGCCCACACUGUGACUACAAAACGGCUGACCGCAGCAAUUUCAAAAAGCACGUUGAGCUCCACGUCAACCCGCGCCAGUUUCUCUGCCCUGUUUGUGAUUAUGCAGCAUCUAAAAAAUGUAACUUGCAGUAUCACAUCAAAUCCAGGCAUCCCGAUUGUUCUGACAUCACCAUGGAUGUUUCAAAGGUGAAGCUACGGACUAAAAAGAGCGAAGCUGACUUUUCUGAGGGGGUUCAUGACAAAGCAGAAAAGGAGCAAACGAAAGGGGAUGCGGCUGCAAAGAAAGCUGAGAAGGUUGUGAAAGUGGAGAAAAAAGAUCAUUUGGCAAAGGAGAAGAAGCCGACGAGCAAUGUUUCUGCAGGCCAGGUGACAACCAGAAGUCGGAAAUCGGCUUCAGAAAGCAAGGAGGUGGAUAUUAAAAGUGAGAAAAAUACUGAGAAAACAUGUAAAACAAAGAAGAUCAAAAGAAAGGCAGAGGCUGAGGUAACUUCCUCAAAGGGAGAGCCUGCACAUGAUACCUCAGCAGUAACAAAAAAGAAAAAGAAAGUGGAAACUAAACCCAGAGACUGCCAGGAAGCUCAAAAAAGUGAUGUACCAGAGGAGGAGCCUAAAAAGCAAAAUUCCUGCCUCAAGAAAAACAGAAAAAAGAAAGCUCUGAAAAAUAAGCACAGUAAGAAAGGCAGUAAACUCGAUCAGGAGAAGAUCGAGGAAGAAGAGAUGCCAGAUGAGUGUCCUGUCACUGAAGAAGAUGGAUGUGUGAAGCCUGACACUGAGGGCAGCGAACAGAAGGAGCAAGAUCCCACCGAUAUGGUGGCAUCAAACAAUGAUGCUGGUCACGUUCUCAAGAGGGAGAGCACUAAUCCCAAAGGAAGCUGUAUACAAAACCCAGAGCAGCUUUGUCUGCCAGCUCAGGAUGCAAACACAGAAGCUGAGGCAGAGGACCAAGAAAUGCCUGCUGCAGCAGCAGGAGAGAGCGAAGACACCGCUGGUGAAAAAGAGGAGGACAGAAAGGCGGACAGAGGGGAAGAUGCUUGCUCUGAGGAACCUUCCCAUGCAGUGCCUUCUGAAAAAAGCUUGGACGUGCCCAUGGACGUGGUACCAGAUUUGGUGCCCGAGAAGGAGUCAGAGGACACCUUUGUUGCAGAAACUGUGAGUAGCUCAGAGCCGAUGGACCUGACCAAGACGUGCCUGCCAGCGCUGGAGCCAGCGGGAGAUGCCGUUCCAGCGCCGGCCCCCCCAGAGGGCUCUACUCAAAGCCCCAAAGCAGCUCUGGCCUUACCAUCUCCGGGGAACACGGCGGGGAACGAAUCUCAGGAAGUGGAUGAGGACGAGGGCAUCCACAGCCACGAAGGCAGCGACAUAAGUGACAACAUAUCAGAAGGAAGCGAUGACUCGGGGCUGAACGGCGCUCGCUCCGUGCCGGAGGAGAGCAGCCCCAAGACCUCCUCGCAGGUGGCCACGGGCACUGUGGCUGCAGACACCACCGUGGCCAGGGAGGACUAUGUGUGCAUCUUCUGUGACCGCUCCUUCAAAAAGGAAGGGGAAUACAGCAAGCACCUCAAUAGGCACUUAGUCAACGUGUAUUAUCUUGAGAAAGCAACAAAAGGGCAGGAGUAG